AUGACACAUUCGGCUGAAAUUGAUAGGAAUCUUAAUCGUAAAAUUAGUAUUUAUUGGUACAACAAAAAUUUUAUUAAGGGAGAUGUAAUUGCUAUUUAUAAUAACAAUCCAAAUAGAAACAAUGCAACUCUCCUUUUUACGUAUAAACCGAAAAUUUAUAGAGGUAGUGUGAAAACUCCAUUAACAAUAUCGUUUUUAAAUAAUUAUAUUGCAAUAUCUCAGCUAAACUUUUGUUUAGAGUAUUUUGCUGCUUGGAUUAGAAAUGAUAAACCAAGAAAAAUAAUUUGUCUAAAAUCACAUCGUAACUGGAUGUAUGAAAUGAAAAACUCAAUAGGUCCGUACCGUUUAAGUGAAAUUAUUUUACCAGGAAGCUAUAAAUCAGGAUCAUAUAUUAAAAAUUUACCACCAAGGGAGAGUUAUGUUGAAAAAUUUACUGUCACACAAAAUCAAGACAUAUAUACUCAGUUAGUUCACGGGGUUCGUUAUAUUGAAAUUCAACCAGGUUAUUAUCCUAACGAUAUCAUCAAAUAUUGGUCAAAUGAAAAGUGUUUAAAACAGAUACCUUUAUCAAGAAUAUUUUGGGAUAUGAAGCUUUUUCUUCAAUCAACUAAAGAAAUAAUUCUACUGACUUUUCGAAAUUUUCCAGAAGGUUUCAAAAAUAAAGAUGACUAUGAUAAAUUCGAAACUUUCCUUGAAGAACAAUUUGAAGGAUACCCAGUGAUGAAAAAUUCUGCCAAUCUAUGGAAUCUAACAUUGAAUGAAAUUUGGAAAUCAAAUAGGCGGCUCAUUAUAAAUCUUGAUCAUGUUUUUGAGUCUGAAAACCAUUCUCUACUCAAACCUAGGUAUGAAGAAUUAGAAAAUGAAAAAUUAAUUGAAGUUGUUCGAGGAGUAAUAUAUUCAGAGUAUUACGCCAAAUAUAAUUCAGUUGUACCAAGAGACAGAGUACAUUUCAACGUACCAAGAGUAGUGAUGGCUGCAGUUAAAUCAAAUUACAUUCCUGAUUGUAACACAAACACCUCUGAAACUAACUCAACUAAUUAUCGAACUACUCGUAGUUCUGCGGAUAUAAUAUCGCCCAUGCUAUUAGAAAUUUACAACGAAGAAUACUAUGACACAGCUAAUGUUAUUGCGGUGAAUUUUGUAGAUGCUGUUGGAAUUGUUGACUUUGCCAUUGAGUGGAAUAGAAGACGAACAUCGUCAUGCUAUAGUUAUUAUAAGUCGCUUAUGACUCCGAGCAGCACUUAUUAUGUCUGA